GAGGCAGACGCCUCACGGCUCACGGCGCAGGCGCGGAGAGCCGAGCGUGCGCGCGCAGCCCCGCGGGAAGGCGAGCGGAGCGUGGGGCGUCCGGGGUGGCAGUGCGCACGCCGGAGGGGGGCGUGGCUGACGAGGCGCUGGGUGAAAUCCUGGGAACCGGCUACCUCGAGACUUUUCUCGGCGGCGUGGUGGCUGUGGGAUCCUGGCCUCGGAAGCACGCUGCUCUGUCCGGUGUCCGUCAGCAGAGCCUGUGACCCUGGCGGCCUCGCACUGCACAUUCUCAGACCACCACAGAUUAAAGCUGGAUUGCAACAACACAAAGUCUACUGAACAACUCUCUAGACUGCAUCUACCACAUGGCAGCUCUGUUCCCGCCACCGCCUGGUCCCAGGUUUGUCCUCCGAGGCACUCAGUCACCUGUGAACACGCUGCAUUUCUGCCCAGCAUCCCAAGCUCUGGAGAGCCCCCUCCUUUUCUCAGGCUCUCAGAGUGGCCUGGUGCACAUCUGGAGCCUGCAAACCAGAAGAACAGUUGCUGCCCUGAAUGGCCACAGGGGCCAGGGUGUAACCUGGCUGAAGACACUGCCCCAAGGGCACCAGCUCCUCAGCCAGGGCCGUGACCUGCGGCUGUGCCUGUGGGACUUGGCAGAGGGCAGGAACACCAUCAUGGACACAGUUCAGUUGGACAGUGUGGGCUUCUGCAAGAGCUCUGUCCUGGCCAGGGAGCAGCUGUGUUGGAUGCUUGCUGUUCCUGGGAAGGGCAGUGAUGAGGUUCAGAUUCUGGAGAUGCCAUCCAAGACGUCAGUGUGUACCCUGAAGCCGGAGGCAGAUGCCAAGGCAGGCAUGCCCAUGUGCCUGGGGCUGUGGCAGACUAGCUCCAGUCCCCGCCCUCUCCUUCUGGCUGGCUAUGAGGAUGGAUCGGUAACCCUGUGGGAUAUCUCGGAGCGGAAGGUGUGCAGCCGGAUUGCCUGCCAUGAAGAACCUGUCAUGGGCCUUGACUUCGACUCUCAGAAGGCCAAGGGCGUCUCAGGCUCUGCCGGGAAGGUACUGGCUGUCUGGAGUCUGGACGACCAGCAGUCCCUGCAGGUGUGCAAGACUCAUGAACUCACCAAUCCUGGGAUUGCCCAAGUCACCAUCCGGCCAGACCACAAGAUCUUAGCCACGGCAGGCUGGGACCAUCGCAUCCGUGUGUUUCACUGGAGGACAAUGAAGCCGCUGGCUGUCCUGGCCUUCCACAGUGCUUCUGUACACUGCGUCGCCUUCGCCACUGACGGCUUGCUCGCUGCAGGGUCUAAGGACCAGCGAAUCAGCAUCUGGUCACUCUACCCCUGCCCAUGACUUAAUUGUCGGACACUGCUGUCUUAAUCCAGUCUUGGCCCAGUCCGGUGGGAGGUCCUCAAGGGCCUCUGAGGACACCAAAUUAUGACAAAGGUCUGUGGAUCCACUUUCUUCAUAAGGUUCUCUGUUCCUUUUGUGACCUGUCAUUCAAAAGACAGUACCUGAUGAUAGACACCUGGCACCUGCAGCUUGGUAAGAGGCAUAGCCUGGACCUGGUAGUAUGGCCAGCCUGGACCUAUCUGACAAUAAAUUUCCCAUUACCAACCCAAA